AUGACAAGAAUAAAAAAAAUAAAGUUAAUCUUUUAAACUAUAUAACAUCUAUCCGUCUAUGGGAUGUAAAGACAGGAUAAGAAAUUAAAUCCUCUGAUAAAACCUACAAAGAUAUUAUUGCUUAUUUUCAAGCACCACUAUUUUCAAAUAAUUCUCUACCUGGUAUUUAUGAAAUUAUUAUCUUUUAGAAUCCAACAAUAUUACAAUCCUAAGAAUAUCUUAAACACAAUUAUUUUAAGCAUAAGGGGCUUUGA